AUGGCUAAAGUUGGUAAAGGAUUUCAAAUUGGUGUAAGUUGGGUACCUCUUAAAGGAAGAGGAGUUCCACCUGGAGCCAUUGAUAUUGGAGAUGGUGUCUACGUUGCUAGGGGUUGUAAGGACGGCGAGCAGAUACCUGGGAAAUACGUUGAAAAAUAUGGAACUUGUUAUGUUAGCUACGGUGGUGCUGAGCACGAACUUAAGGAAUGCGAAAUCCUCUGUGAUACAUGCAUCUCCUCAACUGGAUGCUGCUAUGAGUGGAGAGAAGAUAGUGGAGGAAAUGUUCCCAAAAACGCAAUUGUUGGAGGAAUAGCUGAGGAUGGAGAGCCCCUCUACAUUUGCAGGGCUAAAGUGGACGGGGAAAAAUGUGUCGGAAAGGUUCAUAAUGGUCACGAUUGCGCAUAUAUACCUCAUGGAGGAGAAGAACACAGUGUGGAAGAUUACAAGGUUCUCUGUCUGCGAAAGAAAUAG